UUAUAUGAAAACAAAACAAAAWUUAAUAUUCAUAUUUCAUUUCUUUUUAUCUGUGAUUAAUUGCAAUAGACAGUAUACAUUUAUUACUCUUCUGCAGUUUUUUUUUGUAUCCUUUCUUAGCUAAUGACUAAAACAAAACAAUGCGUAUUGACACUUGUUAUUUUUGUUCAUCCAAAAUAUAUCCUGGACAUGGAAUGCACUUCGUAAGAAAUGAUUGUAAGGUAUUUAAAUUUUGUCGCUCGAAAUGUCAUAGAGCAUUUCAAAAGAAGAAGAACCCUAGACGUGUACGAUGGACUAAAGCAUACCGUAAAGCUGUUGGUAAAGAACUGGCUGUCGAUCCAUCAUUUGAGAUUGAAAAAAGACGUAACAUUCCUAUGAAAUAUGACAGAGAGUUUUGGCAAAUGUCAAUGGAAGCAAUUAAGAAAGUAACUGAAAUUCAAAAGAGGCGCCAAUCUACCUAUGUAAUGCAGCGAUUACGUAAAGGACGUGAAGUUGAACAACACAGAGAUAUCAGAGAAGUCCAAAGAGAUAUGUCACUGAUCAGGUCUCCUGCUGCAGGACUUAAACAACGUUUGGCAACUGAAGAAAAACUACUCGAAGAAGAAGAAGAAAAUGAUGUGGAGAUGAUUGCUGCAGAAGACGAGAAUAAUAUUGAUCAUAGUAAAUUAUCUUACAUAAAAAUAUAAAUGUUUGUAACUGUUCAAUAGUGUUGUAAUAUGGAUCUUUAUUUGAAUAUAUGCAUGAGUAAUUAUUUACAUAAGUUA